AUCUUCCAGCCAGUCCGUGUUUGGUAGUGAAGCGGGAAGUGCACGUUUUUACGUUGACGAAGAACAUUUUUUUUGUGAUUUUGUUUGUUAUUUAAACGAACUUCCUUGUUUUUACUAUAUUUUGUUGAAAAAGUCUUGAUAAAGUUCUGAUCACUGUGACUCUGUAGAACAUGAGUAUCCCCUUUGCUCAAUAUCUGUGUCAAAAUGGAUUCUCGACUACGGUGUCCAUCGAGCAGCGGAUUCAGGAAAGCAAGAGUCAAGGCAAAAGCCCGACGAUCGUCAUCGAUCUGAUGUACUACGACCAGCUCGAGGGAUACCUAAAUCGACCGGAAACCAACGUAAAGAUGGGUGACCUCUGCGGCAUUUCCCGAUUGAGAGUGCAGAAGCUGGAACGCUUCGUGGCCAACAUGAAGGACUGGGGCGCAGAGCUAAUCUUUGUUACAAACGGCGCCUUUUUCGACACCAGCGGCCAGAUCAUUCCGGACCAGGACGACUCCAAGGGAAACAGCAAGGACUGGCGCUAUGACCUGCAGUGUGCGAUCACUGACUACUUGGGCAAUGAGCAUUAUAGCCGGGUUGCGCAAGAUGCUAGGUUUAUUCCGAUCGAACGCAUCUGGACGGAAUCGGUGGUUAAGGUAGCAAGGAAGUACGGACGCAUCCUGUGGGCUUGGGACAACACUCGCCAUCAGGAGAUCGUGAAGGUCGCGUCGGUUAACGACGCUCUUGCUAUAAUAUCGAAGCACUUCGCCGUGUUGAUGUACAGUGGCUUGGCGUUCCCGCGGUACAAACUUUGGUCACUGGUGGACUGUUCGGUACAAUCUAUGACGACGAACGAGUUCGAUCCGUUGACUAUCCGACGAUCGCUGCGCUUGUCCGCCAAACAGAUGAGACUGCUGGCAGCUCUCUCAGAUCGGUAUUUUGGCACGGCGACGUUUGUGAAUUUUGCUGAACGAAUGAGAUUCUCCAGUCAACGGUCAGUCGCAAACCUGAUUGCGUACGUUCGGAAGACAGCUGGGAACCUGCAGGAGCUGGACUACUUGAAGAUCGCUCGCGAUCUGUUCGGAGAGGAGAAAUAUAUAGAGAAGUUCGAUGAGUUCAAGGCGGUUUGUGAAAGUUAUGACAUUAGCAAAAUCACGUUGUCCACCGAGCAGAAUAACGAUUGCGUUAGUAUGCAAUUGAAGAAGCAGGACUCGUUCAACUAUGAUAUCUAUCAUGGGAUUAAGUUCACGGUAUCGAUUACGUUUAUAGACUACCGAUACUGGGAGGAAAACGGAGUCGACUUCUACGAAGUAUGUAUGGCGCUCUAUCGGCGUAUCAGCGGUGUGAUUUUGCAGCACAAGAAGGAUCCUACCUUGGUGCGAUAUGUGAACAUCAAACGAAGCCACCAGGAAGCGUACGGCACCGUUGAGCUGGAACCGGAAUAUCCGGAAGACUUCUACGUACCCUCGCUGGAGGCUAUCUAUUCGAUGGCGGAAAGGCCAGGUGUCGUUACCGAUGUGCCGGAUUUCAACGUUCGUCUGCUGGAGUUCAUCACCGGAAUGCCGUUGGAUCGAUCUGCGCUGGAGUUUUUCUGGAAGACCGAUCAGCGCUCGCAGCUGCAGGACAGCCUCACGCUGUGCUAUAUGUUAAAGCUAAACAUGAUGGACACAUUCGAGGCGGAUAUGUUCCUGCUUGGAAUCCACCGGUGCCGUCGGGAAGAGCCACGGCUCAUACCGUUACCGAAAAAUUUGAACCUCCGUGCGUUCCAUUUGUACUUUGUCUACAUAAAGAUGCGCACUCUGAUGAAGCAUAGUUUUUAUGCUGCAGGAUUAGAUGACACUUUUAUGGACGAGUGCUAUCUUGAUGGUUUGUUGUUCCAGAAUUUGUUCCAGCAGUGGCGCUCAGCCGGCGAUACGGAAAGCUUCCGCGAAGAGAUGACACCACUGAAACGUUUCCGAUUGCAUUGAACUUUUUUGUUUUAUUGCAUUGUUACACUGUAGAAUUGUUCUGGUACGAUUUUCAGAAUAGUUUUCACCAAAGUUAAAACUUUCAGAUGACGUUAGGUGUUCGAAUGUGAUAUGCUGAAUACCUUAAAUUUGGUGUUCUGUCGAAACAUCCCGUGAUCUUUCCAAUUGUUGAUUUGUUAAUGUUAUACAUUCUUAUAACUUGUUUGCUGUAGUGCUAAGUGAACAGCAGUUUAUGACCAGCUACAAAAACAGAAAAUACCGUCUUCACCUUAGUUUCUAAGUGUUUUAUAUCUUCGAAAAUCGAUAUAACUGAUUUGAAACAUAUUCGCUCUGAUUAUUAACAUAUGUAAGUUGUAUUUUAUGAAUAUUUUCAAUAAACUUUGUCUUCGAACUGAGAAA